ACCAUUAUUUUUGAAUAGAAUGCAACUCGAUAGAUAUAAUGAAGAACUACAACUAGUAUUUGAAUUCCAUGGUCAGCAAUAUUAUACUCUUAAUUCAAUGUUUCAUAGGAGAGGGGAUAUAGAUUUGGAUGAACAAAAAUCACGAGAUCAGAAGAAAUGGAAUAUAUACAAGGAGCAAGAUAUAUGUCUUAUUGAAAUGUCGUAUACAUGUGACCUUUUUCCUUAUAUUAAGUAUAUGCUAAUUGAGAAAGAAUUCUUGAAUAGUUAA